AUCUGUCAAAUAUAAUGCCUCAAUGUUUCAUUCCAUAAGAAUGCACCAGCACAUGAAGAAGAUUGGUGUGAGUGAGCUAAACAGAGACAAGGAGACAGCAUAGGAACAAGAUCACACAAGCUGUGUCUGGCCGCUUUCAUUGGAAUAGACAAAAACAUCAAUCACUCAUGGAAGAAGUCUUGCCUGGCAGUGGCAGGGCAGCAAACACAUCCUUUGGCUGGAGACACGCAGAAUGGGAAAUCAGGAUGUUAAUGGUGGUCCAGUGUUCAUCUUUUGGUCUCACAACGGCAUCAUCGGCAUGGGCUCUGGUCUGGCAAUAAUUCACUCAGACUCUCUUUCUCCCUCCACAACAAUUUCUUUAGCUAUAUUUCCCAUCUCACAGCUACUUCUUUCUUCCCCCAGAAUUGAACCAAAACUACCAGAAAAGGGGAGAUAGAGAAAGGACCAUCUAACAAAAUGAAAGCUUUGUUUCUUCCAUUUCUCUGUCUCCUGGCAACUGCUUUCUGUUUCUAUUCCCGUAGUUUCGGCUCGCCGUCUACUGUGCUUCCCCAUCCAAGCAUGAGAUCUAUGAGAGAUUGGAACAUGCCCACAUCUCCCACAAAACUUAGUGCAUACGACAGCAACAAGGAUCUAGAGGAAGACAAACAAAAGAAUAUCAAGGCACAGGAGGAACAAGUUAAGAAUCUCAACAGCAGUGACCAUGUCGAUGAGCUUAUUUACCACAUAGAUUACAAUGGUGUGACAACUCAUCCGACUCCGAGGGAUAGACCAUAGAAUGCAAUCUCAGGUUGCCAGAUGGUCCCAGAAAACUUCAAUAUGCAAGUCGCAAGCUUAGAGUUACCUCUCAGAAUCCCCCAAGAAAAUCAUAGAAUAAUUAUCUUUUUUCCCCAAUUCUUCUAGUAUAGUUUGCUUUAUGAGAGUUCUCCAUCCUUUCUGGAUCAUUUGUUGUCACUCUAAUGUAAAAUCGUUCAUUGCUCUGCAUAGAAAGUGAAUGCUGCAUUGUCAUCAGUUGAGAGAUCCAUAAUGUUGAGCCAUUCAACAAGCUGCUCCAGUGGCUAAUGGAACGAAAUCCAUAGUGCUCUGACCUUUUAUCCAUUUGGCCAUGGUGGCAAAGUGCUGAACACAUUCCCUAGGACAAGUUUUUCUUCUGGUGCAAAGAAAGUAUUCCAUUCUUGUAUUCAUUUCUCACCUUCUUGUACUUUUCAAGUAACAUUUUGUAGCUACCAAUUGCAUCAUCAAACAAGGCUUCACCGCAGAACCUGGAUUUAACAAACAAGAAUGAAGCUUCUGCUCUGUCUUUAUGUUCAGAAUAUAGAGCCAAUAUAUCCUGAAUUCCUGUGAAAUUUAUCCUGUGGCGAAGGUCUUUGCUCGUUUCUUCCCCAGAGUCAAGAUGACAGAGCCAUCUCAACCUUUCACACAAAUUUUCUCUUUGUUCCACCUUCUUCAGCAGUUCCACUAUAGCAAGACCUGUACUGAUUUUGGUGACCAAAGAACUGUAUGCAGUUUUCUGGUUUGAAUAGAGCCAAUUAUUGUUAUCAAGCGGCGGAGCAAGAGCACCAGCAAAACAAGCCUUACGAAAAGUUGGAUCAGAAGCACCAAGCACCUCAAUCACUGCAUGCAAUAAAGUCACAGACAUUUCACCUAGACUAAGAAACAAUGGUUCAGCGAGAGUGCGAUUCUGCUUCUGCCAUCUCAGAUACCAAAUAUGGAGUGCAACAUGCAGAAAUCCUUCCCACCUGCAAUUAGAUAGAUGCAGACCGUAAGUGAACUGGCAAUAUAGUUCUGAAUUGUAGCAUUCAUCCGAUGGUUCCAAACAUGGGAUUAAUCAAACACAAUGACAGGCAUUCCCGCUCAAGAUUUGUAUAAUCACCCAUCCUGACAUUGAAUCCCCCCAACCAGUGAAACAGAAGCUUUGGAAUGAUAUCGCAAGUUUGAAACUAGAUUACUUUGGACAUACAUGUAACUGAUCAAGUUCGUCAGUUUUUUCGAAAACAA